CCAGGGGAGGGGCACGUGCAGCUUGUCCAGCAGGCGCCAGCUCCUUUUGGGCUGGCACCCACCACCCGCCCGCACACAAAGCCCGCUCGGCGCGCUCGGGAUUCGGCUCUUCAGGCCUGUGCCUCUGAGCUCCGCCUGGCGGCUUCCAGGUUGGGCGUGAGGCCCGGGCAGGCUGUAGGCGUCGAUUGGCUGCGCGCAUCGAACCGCCGCGGGCGGGAGCGCAAGGGGAGGAGUGGGCCGCGGGGGGUGGAGGAAGCGGCCUCGCGCUGAGGAGGGAGCAAUUGAAUUUCAAACACAAACAACCGCACGAGCGCUCCCCGAGCCGAGCGUUGCCCACCGCGCCCGCCCCGUCCGAGCGGCGCGCGGGCGCAGACGCCGUGGCUGCUCCGGAGCUCGCGUCGGGGGCCGGCAUCGAGGCGGGGGCCGCGCGAGGGCCGGAGCGCAGCGGCGCCGCAACCGCCGCACGCGCAAACUUGGGCUCGCGCUUCCCGGCUCGGCGCGGAGCCCGGGGCGCCCGCGGCCCCGCCAUGUCGCGAUCCAACCGGCAGAAAGAGUACAAGUGCGGGGACCUGGUGUUUGCGAAGAUGAAGGGAUAUCCACAUUGGCCGGCCAGGAUUGAUGAGAUGCCUGAGGCUGCAGUGAAGUCAACAGCCAACAAAUACCAAGUCUUUUUUUUUGGGACCCAUGAGACGGCUUUCCUGGGCCCCAAAGACCUCUUCCCUUACGAGGAAUCGAAGGAGAAGUUUGGCAAACCCAACAAGAGGAAAGGGUUCAGCGAGGGGCUGUGGGAGAUCGAGAACAACCCUACCGUCAAGGCCUCUGGCUACCAGUCCUCCCAGAAAAAGAGCUGUGCAGCAGAGCCUGAGGUGGAGCCUGAGGCCCAUGAGGGUGACGGUGAUAAGAAGGGCAACGCAGAGGGCAGCAGCGACGAGGAAGGGAAACUGGUCAUCGACGAGCCAGCCAAGGAGAAGAAUGAAAAAGGCGCGCUCAAGAGAAGAGCAGGGGACAUGCUGGAGGACUCCCCUAAACGUCCCAAGGAGUCAGGAGACCAUGAAGAGGAGGUCAAGGAGAUAGCUGCCUUGGAGGGUGAGAGGCCCCAACCUGUAGAGAUGGAGAAGAACAGCACCCCCUCUGAGCCAGAUUCUGGCCAGGGACCUCCUCCAGAGGAAGAAGAGGGGGAGGAAGAGGCUGCCAAGGAAGAGGCUGAAGCCCAGGGUGUCAGAGAUGAUGAGAGCCUGUAGCCACCAAUGUUUCAAGAGGAGCCCCUGCCCCGUUCCUGCUGCUGUCUGGGUGCUACUGGGGAAACUGGCCAUGGCCUGCAAACUGGGAACCCUUUCCCCCCCAACUCACCCUACUCCUUCACUCACUCUCUCUAAGCCCACUCCUGGAGAGUGCCGUGACUCGCACCUCCAGCUCCUGCUCCCUUCCUAUAUAUACACACCCUGUGACCUGAGGCAGGGCCAUGUGCCCCGUAACAAGUCGAGCGAGGCCUUGGAUCUCCUUACAUUUGUUAACUAGGGUUUCUGUUGGGGUCUGAGCUGCUGUUUCCACCUCUUGACACCUCUGCCCUGCUGCAGGCAUUCUAGACCUUUGGGGUGGGUUGGGGCAGGAGUGGAGGUAAAAGCAUAUAAAUUAGUGUGGCUUCCUGUGAGUGUGUGAGCUCCUGUCUCCAGCCCCCACAUCUAUUUUCCCAUCUGCCUACAUUCAAGAAACACUGUGGGACACUGGGAGAGAGGCUACCAUCCAUUCAUUAUCCUUGAUGACUUCUGGGGGACACUUUCCCCCUGACCCCAGGGUUCAAGGAGUUAUAGUUUAACAUCAGAAUUUGGACUUUCCAAGGCGGCAGGCAGGGCCUAGGACCUGGGGGAGCUGAGAGCUGAGGGAGCAACUUGUUUGCUGUCUCUUUAGAUCUCAGGGCAGACGUGUUAACCUGGGGAGACCCUGCUGCCUUCAUCCCACUUCCCAAUGCUCAAGGCCAGCCAGUAGUCAGACAUUUCACCCAGACAUAAAAGAAAAGACCAUUUUUUAAGGAAACGUUUUUAAUAAAAGAAAAUUACAAAAAAAAAAACCCACAAAAGAAAACGAAAAAAAAGUUAACCCGCCUCUUUGUGUGCUGCCCUUGCUGCUCCUUUCUCCCCACUGCUGGCCCGUGCUCCCCUUUCUCCCCACUACUGGCCCGUUUUUUGAGGUUCACCAGGAGGCUCACCUGAUUGGUUGACUUUCUCUUUGGACCUGGGGCUUUGAUGUUCUUCUAGAGUUGGUCUCUGGUGUUUUCACACAUCCAGUUUGUAGCCCACUGAGAAUACAGGGGAAAGUGCCCUCCAGCCUCUCCUAGUGGUUUCUUAUAUGCCCCUCUUCCUUCUCAUGUCGUUUACUCCUAUCCCUCCUCUGGGCUCUGAAGAAAAAUUGCUGACUGUAGCUUUGGAAGUAUAGCUCUGAGAACAAUAGACAAUUUGAGUUCUAGGAAAAUAAAGCCGUUGAUUACUAUCCUGA